CUUUUCUUUUUACCUUUCUCCCAUCCGAAGAUCUUCGUUUGUGUUUAAUUUCUGACUGCAGUCACCGUCGCCUGGUCCUCCCUUCUCCCCCCUCUCUCUGUCGCGAUCGCGUGUCUUCCGUGGUUUUCCUUUGUCGUAUUUUUUGUGACGCUCCCUUCGUGUGUGAAUUCGGUUCAUCUCUGCUUUACCGCUUUCUGCAAAGAGCCUCAAUUUUUACGGUCUCUCCCUUCCCGUGUCACCACCGGCCCACCUCGCGCUUUUCGGACGGAACAACUGCCUCCGAAAAAAUCGACCGUCGAAUGCCCCCUUUUCUGCCCUUUUCAAACGUGUAAGGUUUCUGGGAACGCGUUGGUUUCGAGUAUUCGUUUUUCCUCCGGGGAAUCGUCUGUCCGGAAGCCGCUUUCUUUGCAGGCGGUGACAGUCUGCCGUUGUGUGCACGGGGAAGGAUCUCCCUCAGGGGCUGGGGCUGGGGAUGUCUCCGUCUUGCAGCCCUUUCUCCUUUUUCUUUCCUGUAGCUCCGUGCGCAGUUUUCGCGCGUUUCCAAUUGCGCGUCGUCCACGUCCUGCCAAUUCUGGUUGCUUCUACCGGAAACCAUGCCGCCUAUGCCCUCGCCGGCCACUCUGAAUCCCAUGGGACAUCCGACCGCCACUGUUCAAGAGGCCCUGAAGGCCCUCCAGUCUCCGGACAACGCCGUCCGGUCGGCCAGCGAGGCGGCCCUCGGGGGUUUUCCACUUGCUCAACUUCUCCCGGCUUUGGCGCAGAGCGUGAGGGAAGACGGCGUUCCUUCCUCUGAACAACACUUGGCCGCGAUUCUCCUCCGUCGCUGUCUCCAGUCCCGAUGGAACGAAGUCGAGAACUCCGACCCCGCAGACACCGACGCGUUGCUUCAGCAAACACUCGAGUGUCUCCUGCAAGCUGUCUUGGAAAGCUCCGAGGGAAUGGUCAAGAAGAGUGCAGCAGAUGCGGCGGCAGAGGUCUGGAGGCGAAAGCAGACGCGAAGCCUGGAGGAUGCACCAGUCGCCAUCGUCGCUCGCUGGCUGGCUGAGCCGGAACUCGGCCAGCUGGAGACAGCCACGGCGCUGUUUCGACUUUUCGAUCGUCUCUGCGAAGACGAAGAAAUUGCCCCGCGGUUGACACAAACCCACGGAGCGAGUCUCGCGAGAAAAGUCGCCCUCGCCCUCCAACAGGGACGCGGAGGCGGCAAGGAAAGCGAGGCCUGCAUGACAGCGGCUUUGGAGGCGCUUGUGACGUGCGUGAGCAGCUUGCCGUCUUCUUCGACGAUUCGCGCGUCGCUCUGUGACCUCGCGCCUCUCCUGCUCUCUGUGCUGUUCGUCUCGCCCUCGCCUGCUCUCUUCGUCUCUUCUCAGCAACUUGCCGAAACUUUCCCGCAGUUCUUUGCGGGGCACCACGCGGCACUUCUUGAGCUCGUCGUGCGCGUUGUCGGCAGUCACGGCGCAGACGCCGGUGCUGACGACGAUGUGAAGGCUGUCGCUCUCAACGUAGCCGUUUCGGCCGUCACCAGUGCUCCAAAGUGGGCAAGAAAAAACCUGAACAUCGUCAAGCCUCUGCUGGAGGUGCUGGCGGACUGCUGCGGGCGCGUGACGUCCGAUGAGGAGACUUGGAGUUCGAAAGACAGAGAAGAAGACGACGAUGAAGAAGACAGACUUGCACAAGAAGCUCUUGCACUGGCGACGCGCGUCGCCGAGAGACUGAACAACAACGCUGUCUUGGAGAUGCUUCUUCACAUCUGCACGUCUUUCCUCGCGUCUGAUGACUGGCGCCGACACCUGGCUGCUCUGUCGCUCCUCGCGGCCCUUUUGGAAGAAGAGCACAGCAGCUUGAGUGUCAUAGCGCAUUCCGAUGAGGUCGUAGCCGUCUGUCUCCUGCGACUGCAGAGCCCGCAUGCGCGUCUGCGGUGGGCGGCGCUGAACUGUCUCUGCUGUCUCCUUCAACAAGAAGAGAGAGAGGGCAGCGUGACCGAACGCGAGAAGAACCUGCUGGAAAAGCUGCUAGAAAGCCUCCACAACGAGACAAACAACAGAUGCCGAAGAAAGGGCUUACAAGCGGUCGCAGAGUUUUUCUCGAAUUUCGGAGCUGACGACGACGAAGGCCCCGCCAUGGACCCUGAAGUGUAUGCACAGCUUUCUCCUUACAUCGAAGCUGCUCUUCAAAACGCGGUGGUGCCUCUUUGUGACAGCAGCGACGCGCAGACGCAGGAGCUCGCCCUCGCUGUUGGAUCGGUCCUCGCUCAAGUCAGCGGCCAGCAUUUCCAGCGCUUUUUCUCCUUCUUCAUGGGUGCUGUGCGCCGUCUGCUCUCCGUGGACUUCCCCUCUUUUCUGAAAACGCACCCCCAUGGCUGCUCGCUUCUUGAGACAGCUGUAGAAUUCGCGGGCGCCCUCGCCACUGCCGUCGGCAUGGAAGUCUUCGCGCCCGAUGCCCCAUGGCUCCUCGAGCGUCUCGUUGAAAUUCAAAACGUCUGCUCAGAAGGCACUGCAGAUGCGUCGUUGCAAGCCACAGCGAUGGAGGCUGUGGGAAUCGUCGCGAAGGUCAUGGGUCCUGCGGCUCUGCCCUUCUUGCCCGCAGUUUCUCCCAUCGUCCUCGCCAGAGUUCGUCAACAUGUCGACUGCGACUUUGCGGAGGCCAUCGCGACCGGGAACGAGGAAGCGGGUGCCAGCGUCAGCGAGGAAGGGCGCAUUUCGAAAGUGAACAUCACGGACAAAAGCGGCAGGCAGACAGUUAUUUCCAUCAACACGGCAGCAGUGGAAGAAAAAUGCGCUGCUCUGCGACUGCUGGCGUCCCUGGCGACCAGCGUGGGUGGACAGAUGCCCCCUGACACCGCCGUCGAAUGGGCUGCUGCUGUCACUGCUGAGAGCCGCGGCCGGUUCGCGCUCAUCCGAAAAGAGGCUCUAGGUGCGCUUCCUGCAAUUGUGAAUUGCCUGUCUGCGUCGGAUUUUGGACAGUUUGUGCGGCUGUCUCGAGAGAGCCUGGCGCUGCUGGUGGAGGCGGUGAAGGAGAACAGCGCGCGGCACGUGAGCGACUUUGUUCUUCCUGCUGCGACUCAGCUUCUGCAGAAUCUUUCUCUGGAGAAAGAGAGGAAGGAAGCGCUAAAGGGCCUCUCAGCCCUGGGCGAGAGACAAGACGCAGGCGGCGAGGGCGCAACGGCUGCAGAGGCGGCCUUUUCUCUGGAGGAGCGAAAAGCCUUCCUCUCUCAAAUCUUCGAGGCGAUGGGCCGCUUCCUCAUUCCAAUCUUGACGGAAGAAUUCGAGCGUCUCGCGUCGAAAGAAGGCGAAGACGAUGAAUGGGAGAAUGUCGACGAAGAUGAAGAAGAAGCGACGGAGGUUGCAGCAGAGGCCUACGACGCCGUCAUGCAAGCUACCGGUGCCCUUUUCAAGCUGUACGGAGGCGAAUGUCUGGCCUCCUUCGACGCGCACUUGAAGAUGCCUUUCGGCGCCUUGCUCGCCCACGAACAGGCGAACCCUGGAGGCAAGGUUUCAGCGCUCUGCAUCUUCGCAGAUGCCAUCACAUUCGGGGGCGCAGAGGCAGGAAAGAUGUAUGCGGAGGUUAUUCUUCCAGCUGCUCUUCUCACUGUCUGUCCACCCUCUGCGGCUCUCGUCGAAGACGACGUUUACGCCGUUAGCGCGGCGGCCUACGGCAUUGGCGCCGUCGCCAUGCACAGUCGAGAGGCUUUUCUCGCCCGUCGCGAAGGAGCUAUCGAGGCGCUCACCCGCGCUCUCCAGUCCCCUGUGCUUCAGACAGACGACUGCCGAUCUGCCGCGGACUGCGCUGCAUGCGCUCUGUUGAAAAUUGCUCUUCUCUACACUCGCGAAGUUGGAGAACAAAGUGCAACGAUCUUCACAGAACUCCUCAAGCGAUGGUUCCCGCUGAAGGACGAUGCACAAGAGAUCGACGCGUCUAUCGACUUGCUGGUGAACAUGGUGGCUGAGAAUCACAUUCUCCUUCAGGCGGCCGCAGCAAAGGAAGAGUGCCGGCGGGUGCUUCUCGCGCUGCUUGCGGAAAAAACGAAAGAUGCAGAAAGCUCCAAAGACGAGGACAAGAAACUUGUUGCCAUGUGGAAGAAAGCGCGCGUGCAAAAGGCGCUCGAACUUAUUCGCUAGUUUUUAUCAACGACUUUGUAGCAAAUAUCGGUGAUCUAUAUUUAUUCGUGAGAAUGCAGUUCGAAGCUCGACAACAAUGUUUUCGUAGCUGCUAUGUGGUACAUACAUCUGGACGCAUGUGCAUGUGUAGUUUUAUCGGUGUUCAGACGGCGCGCGACGCCAAGAGACUUGGUUUGUGGCUGCCUGCGCGAGCCUCGAGAAGAAAACUGUCAUUUCUCCUUUUUUCUCGGCACAACGCUGAUUUAGUGAUUUUCCUUGUCGCGGAUAUCCAUCGCAGACGUUCCUCACGGAAAACACAAAGCUGC